ACCGGUGUUUGGCAUUCAAAUCAAUUAAAACAAACCAAAGAUGAAUACUUAGCUCCGAUAAUGGCUAAAUGUGAAAACUUGAUGUCUAAAUAUGAAAAACGUCUGAAAGAAUUGAAUCAACCAUGUCCAGAUAAAAGUGAUGAGGAUGUUGAUAUGCAUACUAAAUUAACUCAAGAACAAGAG